AUGCCGAUAUCGAAGAAAUGUUGCAGUUCUCCAACUUGUCAAAAAUUAGAUGAUGAUUUUAUGGUAAGUUGUGAUAAAUGUUUUCGAUGGUGGCACUAUUCUUGCCAUGGUUUUGAUCCUGAUCGCUAUGACACUAAUACCCCUUGGUACUGUGGGGAAAGUGAUUGUGUUGCUAAAAAAGCCACAUCAGGAAAUCCCGAACAAGAAGAAGAACAAAGCCCUCAUUUGUCAGAUUCUUUGAAACAGUUGGACAUGUUUAUGGAAGCUGCCAUUGUUGCUCAAUCUGCAGCUUCUCGAAAAGACAAAGAAAUUGAAGCUUUGCGUAUAGAACUUGAAGAAAUGAAGGUGAAACUUUCUGCAUAUGUACCACCACCAUGUGUAUCUCCAGCUAAUGUUCAAAAGGACAAUGAUAGGUUGGAAAUCUUAAAAAAGAUUCAGCAAAAUCAUCAGGCCUUGUUAAACGAUGUUAAUAAAGUUCCUAUUUUCAAAGUUCCACAAUCCACACCGCUAUUUUCUCCUCCUAAUCCUGUCAUAGAGAAUUUCUCUUUUCCUUCAACUUCCAUUCAAGGUCAGGAAAUGGCUACGCUGCUCACUAUCCUGAAUCGGAAUAAUGUUCAAGAGCUUCCGACAUUUUCUGGCGAAAAUAGGCGUGAAUGGCCUUAUUUUGAAGAGGUGUUCAAGUCUACGACUAUUGAAGGAAAAUUCAGCGACAAAGAAAACGUUUCUCGACUGCGAAAGGCCUUAAAAGGAGAAGCGUACCAAUUGUUAGCUUCGAAGAGUGAUCCGAAAAUUCGUCUGUGGGCAGUGAAGGUGAAUGGUUACGUCGCGGAUGUCAGGUCCAUGAAUAGAGAAGAAGACCUCACCAAUGGGUACGUGAUGACCAAUUUAGCCUGUAAGCUAGGUGCAGGUUUAUACCAAGAGUGGCAAAAGAAGAAAGCUGGUUUCUUCAAUGCAAAUUUCGUUCAAUUUGCCGAAUUUUUAAAUGAAAAGGUUAUCGAUUUGCCACCUGAUUUAAUGAAGCCAAUAACUAGUGCAAAUUUUGAAACCAAGAAAAACCAAGGUUCAGCGAAAUCUUCAAAACAAGUUUUAACUCAUCAAGCACAAUCUUCAGUUUCUGCCGUUCAAAUCUUGUGUAAGAAAUGUACAAAAAAACAACAUCCACUCCACGAAUGUGUCAGUUUUAAGGACUCAUCAGAAUCGGAGAGACUCGCCUUUGUUAAAGAGAAUUUUAUUUGUUUUACUUGUUUGGAUUCUACAAAGCACAAUUGGAGGGUUUGCGCCAAGAAGAGAACUUGUGGUUUAAAUGGUUGCUCUGGUCGUCAUCACCCUUUAUUGCAUCAAUCCAAAGAAAUCAAUUCUCUCAAUACAUCUGCUGCGGCGUUUUGUCCACAGCCACACAUUCAUUCAUCUCAUGCUCGCUCGAAUACUUCAGUACUGUUCAAGAUUGCACCAAUUCGACUUCAUGGUAGAGACAACCGUUUUGUGGAUACCUUCGCUUUUCUCGAUGAUGGUUCAUCCUUAACGAUGCUUGAAAAGGAUCUCUUUGAUGAUUUGCAUCUUGACGGUGUUUCAGAAGACCUAACUCUCCAAUGGACGAAAGGUGUAACACGUAAGGAAAAAUCUUUGAGAACAAGCUUAGAAGUAUCUGAUGUCAAAAAUCCGAAACGCCAUAUUUUGAAGAAUGUGUUCACUGUCAAAGAUUUGGACUUGCCAUGCCAAUCGAUAGAUGUUAAUUAUCUUAAAAGCAAGUAUCCUCAUCUACGUGGACUUCCUUUGGGGGAUUUAGUUGAUGCCAAGCCUAAGAUUUUGAUUGGCCUCGAUCAAGCAAAGUUCCUUUUGGGUCAACGUCAACGUCACGGAAACGACCAAGAACCCUGUGCGCUGAAAACGCGGCUCGGAUGGAUCGUUUUUGGCAGUGGUUAUGUCUCGCAUCCACACGUUUCUUGUGUUCACAAUGUUCCUCGACCAAAAAUGAAAUUCUAUUUUCACGAUGCAAUCAAACCUGAAGAGAGCUUACACGAUCUAGUGAAACAGCAUUUUUCAACGGAAGAGUUCGGAGUGAAGCCACCAAAGGGAGAUUUUGUGAGUCGUGAAGAAAAAAGAGCUAUAGACAUAAUGGAAUCUUCCAUCAAGCUAGUGGAUGGUCAGUAUGAAAUCGGCCUCUUAUGGAAGUCUGACAAUGUAAAAUUACCAGAUAGUUAUCCGAUGGCUUUCAGAAGACUUGUCAGUUUCGAAAAGUCCUUGAAAAGGAAACCACACUUACUAGAAUGGCAAAACAAUCACAUGCGAACAUUGUUAGAAAAGGGUUACGCCAGAAUCGCUUCGGAGCAAGAGUUAUCAAUAAAGUGGCCUCGAGUUUGGUACACACCCACUUUUAUUGUAGAAAAUCCCAAUAAACUCCCAAUAAAACCAAGAUGUGUAUGUGACGUGGCUGCUAAGGUUGAUGGGGUUUCACUCAACACUUUUCUCCUAAAAGGACCUGACAACCUUGUGCCUCUCCAUGCUGGUCUAUUUAAAUUCCGUGAGCGUAAAGUUGCUGUUAAUGCUGAUGUCAAAGAAAUGUUCCACCAAAUUAAGAUUAAAAAGGAAGACCAGCAAUGUCAAAGAAUACUUUGGAGAGAUGGUGACAUUUCAAGAAAGCCAUUGGUUUACAUAAUGCAAGUUAUGAUGUUCGGCCCUCGAUGUUCACCCACAUGUGCACAGUUCGUCAAAAACCAUCAUGCUAACCUUUUUAAAGAAGAAUGUCCGGAAGCUGUGGAUGGUUUGACAAAAAGAACAUAUGUUGAUGAUUAUUUUGACAGCCACAACACAGUUGAAGAAGCAGUCUCAGUGACCAGAGAUGCCAUACGAAUUUGCAAAUCCAUGCAUUUUGAUCUAGUUUCUAUACAAUCUAAUAGCUUUGAACUUCUCUCUCAGAUGCCAGAAACUCAAGUCAAAACUAAAUUAGUCAGCAUCGAUCCAAACGAAUGCGAGGGUUAUAUCGCAAAGGUCUUAGGAAUGUUUUGGCAACCUUCUUCCGAUUGUUUUCUUUACAGACUUGCCGAAGAUGACGAUUUAAAGGAGAUGGUCUUAUCAUCCAAUGCCAUCACAAAAAGGCGUAUUCUUCGUGCGAUUAUGCGAGUGUUCGAUCCGUUGGGCCUUAUUUCAAUCUACAUCAUUAGAGGUAGAAUCAUUCUUCAAGAGGUUUGGCGAGAGGGUUUUGACUGGGACGAGCCAAUCUCAUCCGAAUUGCAAACCAAAUGGUUAAUUUUUAUCAAUGAGCUGAAGAACAUUGAAAGACUCCGAAUUCCACGUCGAUACAUCUCUUUGAAUCCUGACGAUUGCAAGGUAAGCCUUAUUACUUUUGUCGAUGUAUCAGAAAAGGCUUUUGCUGCUGUAGCCUAUUUUCGCUUUGAAUGUAAUGAAAAGGUAGAAGUAUCGCAAGUUAUGGCUAAGGCUAAAGUUGCACCUGUAAAGCAAUUGACUAUUCCAAGGUUAGAGUUACAAGCUGCUGUCCUUGGAGUCCGUUUGGUAUCUACAAUAAAGCAAUCGCAUACGAUAAAAAUUGAUGAAGAGUUGUUUUUAUCAGAUUCGACUACAGUUCUCUCUUGGAUACAUUCAACAACAUUCAAAUUUCCUACCUUUGUUGCAUCUCGUGUAGGAGAGAUCCUUGAUUCUUCAUCUCCACGACAGUGGUAUCAUGUCCGUUCAAAUGACAAUGUUGCUGAUGAUGGAACAAAAUGGUUUGAUGAAUCCAUGGGAGAUCAACUUACAAGGUGGUUUGUUGGUCCAGAUUUUCUUAAGAAAGAAUUUUCGGAAUGGCCUAUUAAACCUUACACUCAACAAGAACAAGAACAGAUUCAAAGAUGUCAUUAA